AUGAAGAUUUUUUUAUUUCGCAAGUCCGUUGUUUCCAGCCGGCGUGUUUUUGCGGACGUACCGGUCUCGUCAAACAACAAAUUAAAAGAAAAGCCAACCAGGUCUGCUAAUGGAGUUUGCAGAACUGAUAAAGACACCCAGGGUGGAUGGGGUUGUCCUGCAUCGGCCUUUCAUGCCCACUGUGGAGGGGACCCUGUGUUUGACUGGCCAUCACCUGAUUCUGUCCUCCAGACAGGACAAUACAGAGGAGCUGUGGCUGCUCCACUCAAACAUUGACUCUAUAGAAAAGAGAUUCGUGGGGUCUCUGGGAAGCAUCAUAGUCAAAUGCAAAGACCUGAGAGUGAUCCAGCUCGACAUCCCUGGCAUGGAGGAGUGUCUUAACAUUGCCAGCUCUAUUGAGGCUCUGUCUACGCUUGAUUCAGUCUCCUUGAUGUACCCUUUCUUCUACCGACCCAUGUUUGAAGUCAUAGAAGAUGGCUGGAAUUCAUUUCUUCCGGAGGAUGCCUUUAAAGAUUUGGAGUCCAUGACAGACGAGUGGAGACUGAGUGACGUCAACAAGGACUUCAGUGUGUGUCCAUCAUACCCCCCUCUAGUGGCAGUGCCCAAAGAUAUUGACGAUGACACACUGAGGAAAGCAGCGACCUUCCGCCACAGUGGCCGUUUUCCAGUUCUUAGUUACUACCACAAGAAGAAUGGCAUGGUGAUGAUGCGAUCGGGGCAGCCUCUGACUGGCACCAACGGGCGCCGGUGUAAGGAAGACGAGAAGCUGAUCAAUGCCACCCUGCGGCCAGGCAAACGAGGCUACAUCAUUGACACGCGCACUAUCAAUGUUGCACAGCAGGCCAAAGCUCGAGGUGGAGGAUUUGAGUCUGAGGCUAACUACCCCCAGUGGAGGAGGAUCCACAAGGCACUCGAAAGGUCCAACGUCCUUCAGGAGAGCCUGAUAAAGCUGGUAGAGGCGUGUAACGACCAGUCACACAGUAUGGACCGCUGGUUAAGCAAGCUAGAGGCUUCCAACUGGCAGACUCAUGUCAAAGAGAUCCUCACCACUGCCUGCCUGGCUGCCCAGUGUAUCGACAGGGAGGGAGCGUCAGUGCUGGUUCACGGUACAGAGGGGACAGACUCCACCCUGCAGGUCACCUCCUUGGCUCAGAUCAUCCUUGAUCCAGCCUGCAGGACCAUUAGAGGCUUCCAGGGUCUGGUGGAGCGGGAGUGGCUCCAGGCGGGUCACCCGUUCCGGCAACGCUGCGCCCAGUCGGCCUACUCCAACAGCAAGCCUCGCCAAGAGUCUCCUGUCUUCCUACUCUUCUUGGACUGUGUGUGGCAGAUCCUUCGCCAAUUUCCGUGCUCCUUUGAAUUCAGCGAGAGCUUCCUGGUGCUGCUCUUCGAACAUGCUUAUGCUUCUCAGUUCGGCACCUUCUUGGGCAACAGUACAUCUGAGAGAACUAGACUCUCUCUGCCUGAGAAGACUGUAUCCCUGUGGUCGUGGGUGAAUCGGCCCCAAGAACUGGAGCGUCUGACCAACCCGCUCUACGAGGCCAACAGUCUGGUGAUCUGGCCCUCCGUGGCCCCCCAGAGUCUGCUGCUGUGGGAAGGAGUGUUCCUACGCUGGAACCGCUCCUCGAGGUGUGUGGACGAAGCCUACGAGGAAAUGGUACACAUAAUUGAAUACAACAAGGAGCUUCAGAACAAAGUAAACAGCCUGCGCAGACAGCUGGCCCAGCUGGAAACUGAAGAUCCUCUGCUGCAGACGCCAUAGUGAGAGUGAGAGAGUGAGAGAGAGAGAGAGAGAGAUUCAAAGGGAAGCGAGAUGGAAGAAAUAGGUAGAAAAUGUGAAAAUAUGACUUCUAUGACAAAAACAGAUCAUUGUCAGCCCUGUUUUAGGCUUUGGUUAGGUUUAAAUGUUUUUCAGAUGUUUGAGAAUAUCCAAACAAUUAUAAUUUUGGAUUUAGUACAUGAUUGUUGUUACAUUUUGGUGUCCUGCACAGAAAGAUACAAUGGAAAGUCCCAUAGCAGAAAUUAACUUCAAAAUCAACCUUUCUUCAAUUUUGCAUUCAUGCACAGUUUACAUAUCAGAAAGGACUGAACGAGAGCCCUGACAUCUUACAUACAGAGAGAAACAUAAAAUUGUAUGUCAUUUUACCACAUUGUGUCAUUCAAACUAAGCCGGAUUCAGAGUCCUAUUUCUCAGAGUGCUGCUAAUAUAAGCCAAACACUCAUCAUCUCAUAGUCCUCUAAUGUAGAGCUGACAUGAUUAAUAAAUUAGCAGACCGUCAAAAAGAUUUGGCAAUAUUUAGAUAAUCGAUAAAGCAUUUCAAUAAUUUUUACAAGCAUAAAUGCCGAACAUGCGCUGUUUCCAGAUCCAGAAUUUGCUGCUUUUCUUUGUCAUAAAUCAUUGUAAAUUUGAAAAUGUCAGCUUGAGACAUUUUAAUGGGAUAUUAUUUUGACAUUUCAUUUGCUGAACUGAUUUAUCAAGAAAAAUAAUAAUCAGAUUUAAUGAUACUGACAAUAAUUGUUAAUUGCAUCCCAUUGCAUCUUAAUAUUAAUGUGCAUGCAGACCUGUGUGUUGUUCCGUUCCUUAAAUUAUGCUUCGGCUUGUCAGCUUGAUUUCACAGUUGCUAAGCCUUGUCGAACCCCCGCGUCUCACACUCGCUGACUCCCAUUUACAUACACAGAUAUCCAAAACUUCACUGAGCGAGUCCAUUUCCUCCCAAUGCGUGUUAAUAGAUUUCUCUCACUUUUUGGGCAUUAAUCUCGUUCAGGAGGGAAUACUGGUCCUUCGGAUGUUCCUUUACUUACAGGGUACACAUUGGCACCAAACAUCCUGCUGAAUGUAUAUGCCACUGAAGCACUGCGGAGUAACUAUGGAAACAUAUAGGGUGCUAUAAGGCAGCAUGUGACUUUGCUGCACGUUGAGAUGAUAUAAUAAGCGUAGGUAGGGUCAGCACCUACUGUACUGUACAAUGAGAGGGGAGGCUUGUUUAAUAGAAAACCUGACCAAAAUAUCCAGAUUGUUGAAUGUUUAUGAGAUCAGUACUUGACAUUCCAGUAAGUAGCAUUGCCAGAGGUAUUGAGAGAGACUUGUUUAACUCCAAUGUUAAAAUGUUAAUGCGCAUGAUUUGGUUGUGUUUCGUCAAUAUCUUUAAUUAACUUUAAUCAAAAUCAUUAAGUAUAAUAGUAAAGUAGUCAAUUAUGUUUUAGCAUAUCAUGUAGAAUAAUGGUGGUACUGAGGGUCUUGUUGCCACAGUAAUGGGGGCCAUUUCGGUCAUAUGAUUAUCAUAAAGACUUUAUAGAGUUCAACACGAGGAGGUUUGUCUGCUUAAAAACUGGAAAUAUUAUAUUAAUGUGAGAUUAUUGCUUUAAAGACCAAAUUAUAUUUUGGUAGUUAAAGUUAUAUUUGUUGUGUUCAAGAACUUUUAUUGAACAAAAUUCAUAUCUGCUGUUUAAGAUCCAGAACCAAUGCACUUUGUAUGAAAGGCAUACACAAUAUCAGAAACGUAUUCCUGUAGUUCUUGUAAUCAGUAUCAUUUUUGUUGUAAGUACUCAUCAGCUGUUGCCAUAUUAGUCAAUAAAUGUCUUAAUAUUAAACAUAAAAACAUGCCAAUAUAUCAGCUACUGUAAACUCAGACUAUUAGACUUACUGCAGAUGACACAGGCAGUGUCUCAUAGGAGCAUUCUCACUGACCCAGGACUUGUCAUAUUAAGUCCAAGACCACAAAAAAUAUUGUUUCUUUUAAACCUCCUUAAAGAGGCCGCUCAACACGUUAAAACAACUUCACCUAAAUUCUCUUUGCUCAUCUUUCAAUGCUGUCCAUGGGUGACGGCAGCUUCCAUUGGCACAAUAUUACACUAUAGAACUAUAAUAAGAGAGCUUUAUGCUGCACGUUAAAUACAAAUUGGCAGUUUUGGGGGUAAAAUUAUAUCCAGUGUUCAUCCUGGACCAAGUUUUGUUUGUUUUGCCAGUAAGAAAAGGCAUUUUCUCUGCUCUCUCUUGUCAUCUUCAUAAAUUUACUCUAUUUUGCUUCAAGAAUUAUGUAAUAAUCACACUAAACUGAAUUCCAGCCACUACAUUAAACUGCUUUUAUAAAGGGAAAGUUGCUUAUAGCUGCACUAUAUACAUAUUUUCCUUUUGCCAAAAAAAGACACCUUACCUGCCGUUGCUUUGUGUGUGCAUGAAUGGAACAAUUAGUUCAAUCGAGGCAAUGGUGUGAUUUACAAGUGUGCGGAUGUCCUAUGCUUGCAUUAUACAUAAUAGUAUCCUUAAACGAUGGUUGCUUUGUCAAAGUCAACAAAACUCUAAAAGAUUAUCAGCACUGUGGACAAAUAAUGCUUUUGUCUGUUGUACUCGUCAGUUUUGUGCAAUGCCUUACUGCAAAAUCCGAAUUCAAAAUAAACAUUUCAGCUCUUUUAUCACUGCUGAUCAGAUGUCUGUAAAAUGAUAUUAUUGUUCAGAAGAUUAAAUGUUUUUUUAAGUUUUCAUGCCAUUAAACAUUAUAG